UUUUUUACCCACGGAUACAUAUCUACUGAUGAUCAACAAAUGCGCAUGAUCUAGAAAAAGGUUAUGAAAACAUGAGUUUCCUUUAUAGUGAAAGUAUUUAAAUAAUUGUGCAAAAAUGGAAACGUUUUUAAAUAUUGAUUGGAAUCCUUCAUUAAAUGACAUUUUAGAUGAUGUAUUUAUUAAUGAAGAAAGGUUAACACGAGAAAGUGUAAUGUAUAGACUAUUACAUGGAAACUUUGUAAAUCCUUUCGAUAAUAUGGAUGAAGAUUAUGAAGCAGUUAAAAUAGAUGUGAUUUCAGAAGAUCAAAAUAGUCAGGAAAAAAAUAAAAACAAUGCGACGGUAAAUGAUAUUUCACAGCAAGAAUUAAAAGAGAAGAAAGUAUAUGUACCGGGUUUAAUCAGACGACCAUGUAAAUUUCCAAAGACGUCUGAGUUAAACAUAGAAGAGCAACAAGCAUGUUUACGGACGUUAUUAACAUUUUCUGCUUCUGAAAAACCAAAUUUAACCGUUAAUGAUAAGAAAGAUUUAGCAGUUUAUUUUAAUCUCAAAGAAAUUAUAAAUGAAGAACAAGAACAAUAUAUAGAAUUUGUUAAAGGAAAAUGGGAUGGAACGAAAUUGCAAACAAUUUAUUGUGAGGAUUAUAUAAAUUUACGAUGGAAACAUAAAUUACUUGAUAUUUUUAGAUUACCAAGAUAUUAUAUGGAAACUACAAAUAUUCCUUUUGUUUCGGAUAAAGAAAUCACAGUACAAUUUAUACAUAAUUGCUUACAAAAGGGCAGUCUACCAAAAAUAAUUUUACCAUCUUUGACUAGACCUUUUAUAUUACAAUGUAAUUCUAAAAGAUUACAAGAAGAAUUUCCAAUACCUAAUGAAAGCAAUAAUACAUCAAUAAUUCAUUUCAAAUUACCUGUAAGCAAAGAUCCAACUUGUGAAUUUUUUGCUCAGGCCAAUGAUGUAGAUUUAGUUAUUUCAUCCAGUGGUCUAAAUUGUUUAGCAAGUAAUGCUGGUCCAAAUUAUUCAAAAACAUGGGCAUUACCUAUAACAAUCAAAUCUUUUAAUGGAAAAAAUAUUAUAUAUAUUGAUAAGCCACCACCAUCUAAUUUUGCUACCGUACCAGAAAAAAAUACUUGGGUUUUCAAAUAUAUUUUAAAAUCUUUGUUUCAACCGAAACUUAUAAAAUCGGAAAGAUCAUGUAAUGUGAAAGUGUAUGAUGAUGAUUUAUUCGGAAAUAUUAAUUCUGAAAAUUAUAUGAUAUUGGAAGAUGACUAUGAAAACAAAUUAAAUAUUUCAAACAACACAAAAGUUAAAACAAAUUUUAAAUGUGAAAAUACAGUUGAAGAAGAUAAAUCAAUGGAAAAUGAAAGUGAUAAUGUAAAUACAUAUGAUUUAGAACAAUCAAUGUCUGAUUCACAAGAACAAUCUGAAAAGGAAGAUUGUGAAGAAAAUAAUGAUGCAGAAUCAUGCUGUACAAGUAAUGUAUCAUAUAAUCUUUUUAGAAUUGGACCAUCUUCUACAGAGAAAAAUGAAUUAAUGAAAAAUACAAUUAAAGAGUAUAAAAUGCUAGUGCGCACAAAAGAAGAUGGAUAUGAGGAAUUAACACCAACACUCAGACAAAAAUUGCUUUUAAUACCAAAAUUAGAACAUCAAAUUGGAUUUGGAGGAGAAGCUUUAACAUUAGAAGAAGGAUUAAAACAAUGGAUAUCUUUAAUGUUUCGUCCCGACACAUAUCUUGCAAGAGUAAGAAUAUCAGCACAAACCUCAGAAAUAAUACAAAUAGAAAAACGUACUACUAUAUCAAUUAAUAAUGAAAUCAAGCGGCUUUAUAAUAUAAAAGUAGAAGAUACAUUGACAUUGUUACAUAAUGUUAUUCAAACUUUAUCAAAUGUUACUCCUGGUUGUUAUAUCAUCAGACAUAUUAGUCGAAAUGGAGCUUUUGCAACUGUUUACAAAGAAACAGACGCUAGAGGGAAAAACAUUUUAGACUUACAUACAAUUUAUGGGUAUAUUCAAUAUAAUACAAUACCUAAUACACCAUGGCCUGCAUUAGACAAAUUAUUGGUAACACCAAUGCAUAAACAUUUUAAAAGAAUGCCACUUAUGUUUUAUCCUCAAAAAGAAAAUAAUAAACGAAAGUUUAAACAGAAAACUAAAAAUAAACUAAAAUAAAUAAAAACUAGUCAAAUUAAUUUAAUGUCUUUUCGUGACUUAUUUUUGUAAAUAAUUAUUUUUUUAGAAAGAAUUUUAUAUUUUUAAGAAAACUAAAUAGUACAAUAACAUAAAGAGAAAAAGGACAUGUAAAUUUAUGGAUAUAGAAAUAUGUGUUUUAGUAGUAUUUUUAAUAAAUGCGAGAUAUUUAAAUGUGUACAUUAAUUAUAACAAUUAUUCUAUUUAUGUGUUAACAACUUCAAUAUUUACUCAAAAAUAAAUCUCUCUAUAAGACAAUAUAUGUAGGCACAAUAUAUGUAAGUGUAUAUACUAAAAAUAUAUAAAAUGUGUAAAAAAUAUUAAUUUAUCCAUAAUUAAACUUUUAGACAUAUGUAAGGUACAUGGAACUUUUACUAUGACCAAAACAUGGAGCUCUCAUAAUGACAAUUACAUUUUUACAAAAGAAAAG